CCCAAAAUCCUCCAUUUUUUCAUCUCAAACAACCAGAAAAUCACCAUGUGAGAGAACUCACCAUGCAAGAAACUCUCCAUUUUUCUUCUUCUUCUUCUUUUUCACUUCCUAAAUCCUCCAUUUCUCCUCCCAAAUCCUUCAAAUCUUCCACAAUUUCAUACCCUCAACACCCAAAACCACCCACCCCCAUAUCCACCUCCACCUCUUUCCCUACCCCACCCCCACCCCAAAACUUCCACCUUCAAGAAAAGCUUCUUUUUUUGGAUUCACUUGGUGUAGACUCUUUACAUUGCCUUUCUUCACAACCCCUUAUUGUCUCUUCCUCUUUAUCUGACCUCAAAUCGGUUAUUGACUUCCUUUACUCUGUUAAUCUCAGUAUUCUUGAUGUUCGGAGAGUUUUACACAUGUGCCCAGAGAUUUUAACCGCCGGAAUUUCAACCACCCUCCGACCCGCCGUCACUUUUUUACUCCGGGAAGCUCUUGUCACCGGAGAAAAACUUCCGGGUAUUCUCCGUCGACGACCCCGGCUACUCACAAAGUGUGUAGAAAAGAAUCUCCGACCGACCCUUUACUUCUUACAGAGUACUAUUGGUAUUGAAGAUGUUUCGAAAUGUGCGACUUUGCUUUCUUGUUCAGUGGAGACUAAGUUUAUACCUCGAUUGGAUUACUUACAGAGAAUUGGGUUUUCGAGGAGAGAUGCGAAGGUGAUGUUUAGGAGGUUUCCUUCAUUGUUUUGUUACAGUAUAGAGGAGAAUUUGGAGCCAAAAUUCGAUUACUUUGUGGUGGAAAUGGGGAGGGAGUUGAAGGAAUUGAUUGUGUUUCCUCAGUAUUUCUCGUUUAGUUUAGAGAAUAGGAUAAAGCCAAGGCACAAGAUGUGUGUUGAGAAAGGUGUGUGCUUGUCAUUGCCUGUGAUGUUGAAGUCCCACGAAUCACGAUUUCGUGAUAGGCUGGAAGUUUGUUGUAGCUCGUCUAUGCCGUUGAAGAUUUUCCGAGGGUCCUUCAGAAACAGCCUCUCUACCUCCACGAGGUAAUGGUAAGCAAUAACGUUAUCGUCUUUGAUUGGCGAGUACUUUAAAGGUGGUCCGGAAUGAGUGAGAAUAUAAUGGACAUUUCUGUUUUUUACUAAAGCAAAUAUGCUAUAAGGACUUGUUGAGUAGUGUUGAUUUUAGAGGACAAUAAACUUAUUCAUGGUUGUGAUCUGAAAGUGUUUAGAAGCAAAAUAGAAUGU